AUGGCAAGAACAGCCACGGCAAAUAAUGACCUACUGGAAUACGCGCAAAAAGAAGGUUUAGAUUUAGCUCUAUUACAAGAACCAUACGCAAGGUAUGGAAGGAUAACGGGCCUAGAGACAGCACCAUUCAGGAUAAUCAUAUCACCAGGCACCAAACAAGAAGGAGGACAUAAUAUAUUACACGGAGCGGCUAUAGUGAUAUUCAAUCCAGCACUAACGGUGCUUGCUAGGAACGACUUAACCUGCGAAAACUUUGCGGUAGCAACAAUCAAAUUAGGAGACGAGGAAGAUAUUAAUCUCAUUUCGGCCUAUUUCAAGUUCAGAAAACCAACAUCAGAAAUGUUAGAAACACUACAAAGGCUAAAACAAAAAUGUGGUCAUCGCACAAUCAUAGGGGGAGACAUAAAUGCUUUUUCCACAAGAUGGGGAAGCAAGAAGACAAAUAAUAAGGGGAAAUUGGUAGAAGAAUUCAUUGAUAAUGAACAGCUGGUACUGAUAAACAAGGACAACCAUACACGUUUUCUGGACCGAGAGGGGAGAACAACAUUGACGUCACACUAA